GCCGCGGAGCCGCCAACUGCUCAGUCAGCGUGCGUGCCGCCAGGGCCGUGCCGCCGCACCGCCUCACCGCGUUCGUCCUGCGGGCUGCGGGUUCAAAUACCCGUCAAAGCCGGGCGGCGAAACACAAACGGACGCCGCUGCCACGCCACCACUGCAACAGACGUCAGCCACACGAAAGCCAAUCCAGCAGGCAGCAAGGCGAUGCGCCGACCGACGUGUGGGUAGACCGGUAGGCCUCGCCGCUCGCCGCCAGCACUGCCGCGGCCCGACGCCACGCCCGGACCGACCGCGCGGAGGAGAAGAUGGCCGUGCUCGCCCACACCCUGUCAGCCCUACCGGCCUGCUCGGCCUGCUAGCACGGCUAGCACACCGCGGCGCCUCCGUGCCACUUUGAGGGUGGCCGGUGCGGGUCCUCCCCAAGUGAUUCGCCACCGUUAAGGACACCAUGUCGUCGGCGAGGGACGCCAUGGCGGCGGAGAAGGCGGACUUCCCCCUCCUGGAGAGGGGCGAGGAGGUGACGGUGGUGCCCAUGGGCGUGCCCGUUGCCGGCGGCGCCAGGCCGCCCAGGACGGUGACGGUCGUGACCCCGUCCGCGCCGCCCAUGCACUGGCACCUCAUCUGGGCCGGGAUCGCAGGCAACCUGGCCGCGGUGUGCGGCGGCUUCGUGUACUCGUGGCCCUCGCCGACGCUGCCCAGGCUGAUGGACCCCAGCGCGCCGGCCGGCUUCGUCCUCACCCCCGAGGAGGCGUCCUGGGUCGUGAGCCUCACGCCCCUCGGCGGCGCCUUCGGCACCAUCCCGGGCGGGCUCUUCGCCGACAGGUUCGGCCGUCGACCUACCAUCAUCUGCAGCGCGGCCCUCAUGUUCGUGUGCUGGGUGAUGACGGGCUUGGCCUCCUCUGCGAUCUGCCUGUACGCCGCCAGGUUCAUCGGGGGCUUCGUCACCGGCGUGGUAUCGUGCAUCUUGCCGCUGUACCUCGGGGAAAUCGCCGUGGACCGCAUUCGCGCGGCCCUGGGCUGCGCCAUGCAGCUGUCGCUGACUCUGGGCUUCAUGCUGCCGUACGCGCUGGGCCCCUUCGUGUCCCCCACGGUGCUGGCCGUGGUGCUGGCCUCGUGCGUGGCGGUGUACGCCGCCACCUCGCUCAGCCUGCCCGAGUCCCCCUACCUGCUGCUGCUCAAGGGCGACACCGAGGCCGCCUCCGCCGCCCUGCAGUGGUUGCGGGGCCAGGACCGCGACCAGUGCUACAAGGAGCUGCGCCGCAUGGAGGAGGAGACGGAGGCAUGCCUGGCGCGCCGCUGCUCCGUGGCCAAGACGUUCGUCCGCGUGUUCGAGACCCGCGGCGGCCGGCGCGCCUUCUUCCUGGUGUGCGCGCUCAUGCUGUUCCAGCAACUCUCCGGCAUCAAUGCCGUGCUCUCGUACGCCGAGGACAUCUUCAACCGCGCCGCUGGCGGCGAGGCGAGCAUCUCCCCGGCCAUGAGCACCAUCAUCGUCGGCAUGGUGCUGGUGGUGGCCUCGGCCUCUACCGUUCCCCUCACGGCGGGCGUCAGCAUGAAGGCGCUCUUCAUCGUGUCCUCGCUGGGAGCGGCCUUGGCCCACGCGGUGCUGGGGUACUUCUUCCACCUCGUGGCCACCAAGCAGGACACGUCCUCGCUGAGCGCGCUGCCCGUCGCCAGCCUGGUCUUCUUCAUCGUCGUCUACUGCAUAGGCUUGGGGUCCGUGCCGUGGGCGCUGCUGGGCGAGGUGUUCGUGGCGGACGUGAAGGCGGCCUCGUCGUCGCUGUGCGCGUCCUUCUACUGGGCCGUGGGCUUCCUGGUGACGCUCUUCUUCCGAUCCCUCAUGGGGACCGUGGGCCCCGACUUCACCUUCUGGGGGCUGGCGGCGUGCUGCGUGCUGGCCGCCGCCUUCGCCCUCGCCCUCAUGCCCAACACCAAGGGCAAGUCCCUGCAGGAGAUCCAGGACAUCCUGAACGGCAGGGACUGACCGAGCCGAGUGCGCCGCCCCGCGCCGCCACAACAGACGUUGUGUCAACAACAAUGACUUUUACCCCACGUGCCUGCCUGUUGCGGCCUGAUGCCUGCACCAAACGUGUGCUUUUCACUUUUUGUACCUUUUUAUUUUCGACAAAACAAAUAUACUUGAUCUGUGACUGUA